AUUACACAUAAUAUUUUGCCCAGUCAGUUGUUUGACUGGAUUUGUUCCACCUUGGACGAAACUUGCUCUCAUUCGAAAGUAGCACAUUUCUACCGACUUUUUGCCGAACGUGGCAACGGUGUUCAACGGCAAGUGGUGGAUGCGUACACAGAAUUUACAAACAUCUGGUGUUUGUUGUUGUGCACAGUGAAUUUGUUGCGAGUAUUCAAAAGUGUUUUCAGGUUGUUUUAGCAGCAAUUAUAGUAUUGUUAUCAUUGAUAGACAAUUUUCAAAGACAAUGGAACGUCGGCAGUGCAUUCUUUGUGGAGUUAGCAGUGAAAAAACUGAGGCAACCUUCCACAGGUUUCCUAGUGAUAAGAAAAAACAAGAAGAAUGGUGCACUAUCCUCAGUAUUGACAUAAAUAAUUUACCACUUCAUGCCUUUAUUUGCGCAAAUCAUUUUCACAAAAGUGAUUUAAUAGAAGGCAAAAGAACUCAACUAAAGCAUUCAGCAGUUCCAUCAGUAGAGCCUUUGAGGCAAACAGAGUAAGUCCUUAAUUAUAUUUAGCUAUUGGAUGAAAUGGAAUAUUUUGUUGCUAUACUUUUACUUAUCUAUUUUAAAGUGGUUCCAGUGAUGAGGAGAAUGAAAUCAAUCUUGCCUAGGAAAUUGCCCUAAGCCAUUCAAAUAGUGAACAACUGGAAAGCAGGGAUCUACCUAGAGAACAAAUAAAGUCACCAGAAGUAGCAACAGAAAUGGUAUGUGAAUACAGUUUUCCUGAACAAGAUCGAACAACAGAUAGUAGGACCCUAUCAGCUUUGCUGUCAGGUACCCAGUCAUUAUCUGAAUCCGCUACAUUAAGUGCUUCACAAUCAGGUACUGGAAGUAUCCCAGUGAUACCACAGUCCCGUACCCAUGCCUCAGAAUUAGAUAUGAUGAUUUUAAACACAUUCAUAGAAGCAAAAGGUGACAAUGGAAAAGGUAUUAAGCUUUUAUUUUGAUUUUUCAAGUAUAGUCUGGUGGUAAUUAAACCUGUAGUAAGUAAAGAUUUGAUAAAAAGUGACGUUUAUGUAGAUUUGGCGUUUGCUUUAUAGUAGCAUUUAAGCUUUGAAUGUUUCAGAAUGAAAACAAAACCUAUUCGAUACUUCGGCGAUAUACGUUAUACUGAUUUGGAAAACCCACUUAAAAGGCCAAUUUGCUGGAAAGUCAUUCAAAACACGUAUAAGAAACAAAGAAAGACAAUUGACUGUUUACGAGCCAAAUCAAGAAGACAAGCAAACAAAAUUUGGUCUCUUCAAGCAUUGACAAACCAUUUGAAGCGAAUAAAUACGAUAUUGGAGAAUAAACCUGAUAAUUAAGUUCCAAUAAUAAAACCUUGUGUUUAUUCUUUUCACUGCCAUGGAAGGUGAUACUGGGUGUAUUAACCAGAACACCAUUACAAAAAAA